UGUCAUUUCACUGACAACAGGACUUCGACCUGGGUGUGUGUGUGUGUGUGUGUGUGUGUGUGUGUGUAAACAUACACACACACACACAAUAUAAAAACUCAAGAGUCACCUUGAGUCCAGAACCAGCACCAGCUCUGAACCAGGACCAUGGUGAAGGUAAUAUUGUCUACAGCUCUGCUGACCUUCGUGACCUUCGUGACCUUUGUCAACUGCCACUCCAACCUUAUCCUGCCCAUUGACUGUGGUGACAUCUACACCAAUGACAACACCAGCACCAGCGGCGUGUACACCAUCUUCCCGGGGGGGCCCACUGCACCACUGCACGUCUACUGUGACAUGGACACUGACGGGGGCAGAUGGACGGUUUUUCAGAGGAGGAUGGAUGGAUCAGAGAACUUCUUCAGACCAUGGAAGGACUACAAAGGUGGAUUUGGAAACGUAGCUGCUGAAUACUGGCUGGGUCUAGAAAACAUCUUCCUGCUCACACUGAGGAAGAGCAACGAGCUGAGAGUAGACAUGGAGACCUGGGACGGGGAGACGGCGGCGGCGCUCUACUCCAGUUUCCUGGUUGAUUCUGAAAACAGCGGAUAUCAACUUCACCUGGGGCAGUUCACCGGUGGGGGGGCAGGAGACUCUUUUACAUCGCACAAUUUAAAGAAGUUCACCACGUACGACCGAGACCAGGACUCCUGGUCCCAAAACUGUGCUGUCCACUACAUGGGAGGAUUCUGGUACAACGAAUGCCACAUCCUUAACCCCAACGGCCUCUAUGGGCCAAGUAGUGCCAUUGCAUAUACGAGCACCAACAUCGUGUGGACCUCGUGGAAAGGAAACCUGUCACUGAAGACCUUCACCAUGAAGAUGAGAUCCGCUUCAUACUGUCCGUGUCACAUGACCUGACCACUGUCAUCACCACGUUUGUACAAAGACGUCAAGAUGACGUCAUAUCGUCUUAAUAAAUGCCCCGCCGGUUUAUGGACAGUUUUUGUGAUUUGAUUUUAAAUAAAUAACAAUAAUUUGAUCUAAUAAACCUCUGUCCAUCUCUG